UUUUUUUAUUGCCUCAGAUUAUUUAUUUAUUGAAUAUGGACAAGGAAUUGAAGGAGGUUAACGAACAAAUUUCUAAAUUAACGAAUGAAGUCGCUAAAGAUUUUGAGAUGAAAUAUCGUGAUUGUAUACCCGAUUUUCUGGUGCUAGCUGAUUGUCAGGACAAAAUCAAGAAAUCGAUUGAUUAUGGAGAUGAACAGCUUAAAUUAAUUGAAGAUCAAAUAUCUAUUGUUGAGAAGACUUUGGAUAUCUCAAAGAAUGAUUGUCCUGAUGCCAAGAAGAACAUUAUCGAAGAUUUUCUCAAAAGAUUGGCAACUCUUAGCGAAAUUGAGAAGUGUCUGACUGCUCUUUCUUUGCUUCCUGAUAGUUUGGAAGUUGAUGUUUUGGCAAAUGUUCGGAUGAUUUUGCGGCUGGAUGAACUCACAAAGGCAUUGGAAUCGGAGACAACAAAUAUGGAAGCUGUAAAUGAACGUAUUUUGCCUUUACUUUCCAUGGAAAUUCAAACAAGGAAGACGGAAAUAAUUCAUCAAUUGGACGAGUUUUUCAAAUCUUUUCUCAAAUUUGAAGACAAAAAUCGUGUUUUGCCAGCAACUAUGCUUAUGAGCAUUUAUUGUCCGAAAACAAAUGCUGCGAGUGAUAAUUUUUCUGCAAUGCUAUUAUUGAACACAUUUUCUGCACAUUUGGAUUCCUUUGUUGAUUCUGUUUGGGAACAAUUUUGUAUGAAAUUAAUUUAUUCUGAUGAGAAAAUAGACCAAAUCCUUAAAAUUACAAAAGACAAAUUUUUUGAACAUUCAAUGAAUUUUGAAGUGAAAAAAGAUGUUGUGACUACAAAGAAGCCUGAUCCUAAGAAUGUUUUUAGUUCACUUACAACAUUUUUUGAAAGUCUUUACCAAGCUUUGGGGAAAAUUCGUAUUGAAGGACGUCCAUUCACCGAAUUUUUUGGUGAUUGUAUUUGUGUUCGUUUAAUCUCUGCACUUGAAAAAGGCUGUCUAAAUCCAGCAAUUCCAUUCGAUAAGGAUAAGGCAACUAUUGUUUAUGGUGAACUUAAUACUCUUAUUACAGAGUUUCUCCAGUUUAUGAAGGACAAGGCUUUCUUUACUCCAUCAGCAGAUGUUUUGUUUGAAAAUUUCUUCAAUAGUUUUGAUAGAAUUACAAUUGAUCGGCGUUGUCAUCAUUAUAUAACUACAGCAAGAGAAUUAAUUAAGCAGCCUUAUGUUGAUUUAAUUGAGGUUUUUAUUUUUUAUGCUUGGGCUCUUUUUAAGUAUUUGGGAGUAAAUUAGGGAAACUAAUUGAACCUAUGACCUCUUGUGACCGAACCUGUAACCUUUCUCGCUUUGCUAUCGAAGUAGUGCCACUUAUUUAUUUUCUGUAUUAGGGAAAGUCGGGUUGAGAAUAAAACUGGGUCGAAUCCUCGGAUUGAGUUUCUCAGUGUUUCUUCUGAUCGGAUUUCGAAUAAAAUAAAGUCUUUGGUCGGUAACCCAUUCCUUGGCUCCUUGCUAGUUUGUUGAGUCUUCCCGUACUGGAUAGCUUGGACUGGCUUUUUUUAAUUAAAGAU